AGAGGCUCCGAACACCCCAGAUCAUUCAGCAUCCAACCUACAUAAGGAAUUAUGUUCAGCUGAAUUGCCUUGUAAGAGAUACAAAAGUGAGUAGCUACGACUGGCAAAAGGAUAACCGAGUUCUUAACAAUAGCCGUACCACGUUCGAAUUUGAUAACAGCACUCUGCUCAUUCGAGACAUGGAUGUCUCAGACUGUGGUGUGUAUACCUGCAUUGUGAAAAACGAGGUCAGCAGUAGCAGCAACUCACACUUCCUCAGAUCUGAUGAGAUUCUCUUCAUUGUUAUCUCUAUCUUUUUGUUAUCUACCAUGGCAUUCGUUAGCAGUUUGACCUCCUUAUGUGCGGAAGCUGUCAUAUACAAAGCCUUAAACAGACCCCAAGGUCCAGACCAGAAGAGAGAACUUACAAUCAUUUUUCUGAUCUUUGAACUUGUAUCCUUCACUUGCCUGUUGACUGCAAGUCUUCUGGCUGUAUUUGAGUCGGGCUUCUCCAUAUUGUACAGAUGUAUCGCGGGGUUCGGGUGUUUGAUGUGUGUAGCAGCGAUCAUCUAUGUUUCCAUCCUCUUUCUUGGUCUGAACACAAACCGCACUCCGUUGUUCUUAACCAUUAAUGUUCACUUUUUGAUCCUGUUUGUUUGUGAAAUUCUUUCGGUGGUAAUUUCAAUUGCCUUACUUUAUCGAUCAAAACAAAUUGCUACAAAGUGUGAAUAUCAGCACAAACGUUUAAUUAUAAGGAGCUUACUAGUUGUGCUGAUCUACGUAUUUCCUGUGUUUGUAUUUAUUCUCUUCUACAUCAUGCACUUUCUAGAAGUGGAAAUGUAUCGGCAAAUGAAAGCAUUCAAACGAAUAAAUCGACAUCGUAUCAGGUCAAAGUAGCAUUGUAGAUCCUACAAGGUAUAGUUGACGAGAAAAGAAUAAAAC